AUGGAUUUUCCAGCAACCACCGGCAACGACAGCAACGCCACCUCGGGGUCCCCCGGCGGGGGUCUCGGUAUGGUCGCGCGCUGGAACUCCAGCGAGAACGGCAGCGCGGCAACGGGCUCUACGGCGGAGGACAUGGAGCUGAGUUACCAGGUGGUCACCUCUCUGCUGCUGGCGGCCCUCAUCCUCUGCUCCACGUUCGGCAACGCGUGCGUCGUGGCGGCGAUCGCCUUGGAGAGGUCCCUCCAGAAUGUAGCCAACUACCUGAUCGGGUCCCUGGCCGUGACUGACUUGAUGGUGUCGGUGCUCGUGCUUCCCAUGGCGGCCCUCUACCAAGUGCUGAACAAGUGGACUUUGGGGCAGACGAUUUGUGAUAUAUUUAUCUCUUUGGAUGUACUGUGUUGCACCUCGUCCAUCCUGCACCUGUGCGCCAUAGCCUUGGACAGGUACUGGGCCAUCACGGACCCCAUCGACUAUGUCAACAAGCGGACACCUCGGCGAGCGGCGAUCUUGAUCAGUGUCACCUGGCUGAUCGGUUUCUCCAUUUCCAUUCCGCCUAUGUUAGGCUGGAGGAGCGCGGAGGACAGGGCGAACCCCGACGCGUGCACCAUCAGCCAGGACCCGGGGUACACCAUCUACUCCACUUUUGGGGCUUUUUACAUCCCACUCAUCCUCAUGUUGGUCUUAUACGGAAAGAUCUUUAAAGCGGCCCGCUUCCGAAUUCGGAAGACGGUGAAGAAGACUGAGAAAGUUAAAGUGUCGGACAAAAGCUUCAGCGUGUCUCCGGCGCUGUUUCAUAAGAAGACCAACGGGGAGACAGGAGACAAGGGCUGGAAGCUCGGCGCGGAGUCCAAGAUGAACUCCCCAUGCGUAAACGGCGCGGCGAGACGUGCAGAGGAAGGUGAGUCGCUGGAGAUCAUAGAGGUGAUCAGCAACUCUAAAACCCAUCUCCCUCUGCCCAACACCCCGCAGUCGUCCCACGGUUGCGAUCACACGAACGACAAGGCGUUGGACGCCAAGAAAAAAAUUGCGAUGGCCAGAGAGCGCAAAACGGUGAAGACCUUGGGGAUCAUCAUGGGGACGUUCAUCGUGUGCUGGCUGCCGUUCUUCAUCGUAGCGCUGGUGCUGCCUUUCUGCGCGGAGAGCUGCUUCAUGCCCGAUCAGCUGAUGGCAGUCAUCAGUUGGCUGGGCUACUCCAACUCCCUCCUGAACCCCAUCAUUUACGCGUACUUCAACAAGGACUUCCAGAGCGCUUUCAAGAAAAUCAUGAAGUGCAAAUUUCACAGACAUUGACGAGGCAUGCUGGUAUGCACAAUGAACGCAGUGUUUGUUUUUUUUGCAUUUACUUUGUAUGGACUAAACAAAGACAGAAAGACAGCAAGGAAAUGUGUAUCGAAUAUGAAAAAGCAAAAAAAAAAAGAAUAUACAAGGACAAUCACGUUACGGAGUUGGAUGGAUGAGGGACCACGUAUUUGUAUGGACGGACGAGAGAGAGGGAACCCAGAAGGUUUGAUCGCGGUUUAGAUUCCGGUUUAAUCGAUGUUGUAGCUCUUGCCUAUACGCAGCAUCGUUGUUUCAUGCAAUACAUGUCAUGACGUGUGCUGACUACAUCAUGCAUCCAUACGGGACUACUCAACCAUGAGCUUUGUAGAGCUGAACAA